CAGCAACGAAGUAUUGUGACACCACAGUAAUGAAUGAAUUCAUAUGUAAAUGUACAUUUACAAGUUCUAUUUCUUGGUGUGAAAGUCUCUCUUCUGUUUAAAUGUCACUGAAUAUAAUGUAUACAUUUCCAUGGUCUAACAUGUCACUUAAGUCCAUAUGUCUCUUUUCAUGGUCAAGAUAUUUUUCUCUGUAUGCCACUUUUAAUACAUAUAUCUACAUGCUGUUUCGUGGUCUAAAUUGUCUUUUUAAAUGUCACAUAGAUGUAUCUGUUUGUGGUUCUCUCUCCCCCCUCUCUAGUUGUCGCUUGUUCAGUACCUUUUCCAUGUCUAUUUAUUUCCUUUUUCUUUCUAUGACUAUUAUUAUGUCAAUAUUGUCUACAGAUGUUGAUGAAUAUUUUCUUUUCUGGGGUCUGUUUCAUAAAACUUGUUAUAAUAAAAAAUCUGCAUUAACAGUAAAAAGCUACCGAAAUCACUCAAUCUGAUUGGCUGAUGGUAGAUUUGUUAUAGAAAAAGUGCAUUGGUUAGUAUAACAAGUCUGUAUGAAACGGGGACCCUGUUUUGUUAAUGAUUUCAGACAUGAUCACAUUGAUUUGUAACAGUUUGGGAGGAAGAGUACUCAUUUCACCAACUGAUAUAAUAUAUUGUUGUACCAUUGACAGGUUUACAAGAAUAAACAAAUAAAGAACAGUUUCUAUCAACUGGACUGAUAAAUAUUAAGAGAGUGGUUUUACAUCCAUUUCUGAACUCUCUUUGAGGUUGUCUUUGCUAGUGGCAGAAAGGACUGUUGUCACCAAUUGGCUUGAAUACUCUUUGCUGUAGUUCAUAGUACUCCAACAACAUAUGAUUGUGCCCCUAAUGGCAAGGAAAAUUUCCUACCACUAACCGUGGAGGAUCCAUGCACUAACUCGCACAAACCGGACAAAAAAGAAAAUCACAGAUUGCUUUAAGGAAACAUUCUCUGCCAAUAGAGCUUAACUACUAGUCCAGUCGAUAAGAUUAAUGAACAUAGUUGCAGUUUUAUGUCAUAAGAAAGUCUGUAAAACCAAGGUCAAUUGUCACUAUUCUAGAUCUAGCUCUGGUUCAUGAUAAAAUAAUAAAAUCUAAGCUGAAAAUUGAUCACAUUGAAGAUCACCAACACAGAUAAGCACCUGUGGGACAGUGUAUUAUCGUUUUGAAAAAGACCCGACAUUAGGAUGGGAUGCCAUGCUUAUGUACUGAAUGGAAAUUCACAUCAUUCACAUCAGUUUUAUUUUUUUUCUACAGGCUCCUUUAGAGAUCUUAUCAGAUGCCUGGCUUCUGGAUAUGAGUGGGCCUAAGUGGAAAUGGCAAGAGAUGAGAGUUUGCAAUGAAGAGUUUGCAGCGCCGCAAAUAUGGCAACAUCCAGCCUGCAAGGUUGGAGACACAGUACUAAUCUACUCCACACCCAGACAUCAUAAAGCUUACGGUGUCAAUCGAAAGCGGAACCAUGUGACCAACACGCCGUCCCCCACCAGACCGCAUAUGAAGCAGACGCACAAGAGCAGUCGAGACCAGGUUCAGAGCUCGCAUCGCGGUCAGAACAAUCUCCAGAGUUUAUUCCGUCGCGGUGAUGGAUCGGGCGGGUCGGGCCGAUCAGCCGUGUCGGGUAUCAAGGAUAGUAUGAAUGGGUGUACAAAUUGCGGAGUGAAUAACAGCCGUAAAGACGCUACACCUGAGACCGUGAAACCUAAAUACCAUGGUGGUGCCAGACCAAAAGUCAAGGUCAUAAACGGAUUGAAAGGACUCACGAAGAGUGUGACGUUAUUUGAUGCAACGGUAACGGAGAGCACAUCGGACAUGGCUUGCUUGACGCUGCUGAAGUGUAAAUGCAGACCCGAAGCGCAGGCGAGUCCGUACCCCUGGCCCACAUCGGGACCACAGCCAAAGAAGUCCACCUUACAACUCUAUGUGCUAGACAUCAGUCAGGCCACCACACAAGGACAGGUUAGCUGGCUUCCCGUCCCCGAUUCUACCCAUCCAGAUUUUCACGAAAGACCGAUAUCGGGCGUGGUACCAAGUCAGCACGGUCCACCUCCGGAUUCGACCAUCAUGGCUUCGUUGACAGCUGCACGUGGUGAACUUGUGAUGUUUGGUGGACUGGUUGAGAAUCGAAGCCAGACUUUGUUGAGAGGAAGGGGUUCAAGCGCCUCCUGGGAUUAUAAAGCCGUCAAUAAGAUCUAUUUCUCUUUCUAGUCAAUCAGGUGACAAGAGAUCUCCCUUCCUGUUGGACUUGUACAUGUACCUCUUCGUAGCUCAUGCCUUGAUAUCUUUCGUUAUAGGCAUUUCAAAGUAUGAAUCAAUUAUAUAUGAAAGAGUAUUAAUAAAAGGUAGAUUUUGUCUGAUGCAUUGCGACAACUCAUCUCUCUUUACAGUGAUGAAGAUAAUAUAAAGUUUGAAGAUUGUUUAUUUUCUAGGACUUGAUACAGAGUUCUAGGCUGGCAUUUAGUUUGUCUUCAUAAAUAAGCUUUUCACUUUCAAAAUUCAUAAGAAAAUAACUUACUGACAUACAAUUCUUAUAUUUAACCAUAUUUACAACUUGAAAUUUUAUUUUUGUGCAUACAUAAAAUGACAAAUAUUAGAAUUAAAUUCUAACAAAUAAAUUUUAACAUUACAAGAACUUGGAAGUUUAAAGAGAACGAUAUUGAAUUGCUUUUAGGCAUCAGACUGAGCAAUUUGUAAAUUAAAAAUGUUACCGAUUGCUUUAAGUUAGUAUGAAUGUUCCUUCAUGUCAAUCAAUCACUAUGUUCAUGAAAGCUGACACUGCAAUAUUAUGGUAAUGUACGAGGCACAUUGAUAUUAAAGCACUUUCCCUGUUCAUAUAUAUAAAUCAGAAUGCUACAAUAUUGGGGUAUUUUGACUCAACAGGGGUUUAGUCAGAAUGCUGUAAUCUACAUGGCCUAUGUAAUACCUGUCUCCAAAAGCAGACCAUUGUUCAUCUACACGUACAUGUACAUUACAAGGAUUUUGUGUAAUAAUAUUAAUGAAAUUAUCAUGCACAUAUAAUAUUAAAAAGGUGAGAACAUUUUGUAAAAAAAAAAAGAAGUAAUGUAUUGUUUUUGCUGAAGCAGUUUAUUUUUAAACAUAAAUUUUGUCUGGCUUCCUAUCUGAAAAAAUAAAAAUAAAAGGAGAGAGCAAAAUACUGGUUCAUUUACUGAAUCCUUUUCAUGCAUGCCAUCAAAAAGAUUACAGUCACGGAAUAACUGCAACAAUUCUGGCUUUUAAGCAUAGAGCUGGCAUUUACAUGUUCAUGUGUGAAUAGGGUAAAUGAGAAUACAUUAGUCUGCACUGGGAGAUAUUUGAACCCCAAAUUGGAAUGUUAGGGGUUAAACAUUUCCAGGUUUAGGGUCUUUUAAAUCUGUGCCAUUCGAUGAUAUUGAUCUGUGCAAUUAGCGGUUGCCAACCUGUAAUCAGAUCCUGCUUUCGCCCUCAAGAAUGAAAAUAGUGGUUGAAAUGUUCUUCAUUCUUGCUAGGUCCUCUUAGCUUGCCUUUUAAAAACUUCUUUGAGAUUUACACAUGUAUGUUUCUUUUUUUUAUUGCCUUGUCUGUUCUGUCAUUCCUUUGUCCUUGUCCUUUAAGGGCUAUUAUGUUUUCUUCUUUAUCUGUCACUUUGCUUCUAGUAUUGUUGAUCAUGGAUUUUUUUUUGCUUUUCAUAAUUUCUCUUUGUAUGUGUAUUUCUCUCUUUCUUCCUUGUGUAGUGUAUGAGUCUGUAUAUCUGAACACCUAGCAGCAUACUUCUCCACAUCUGCAAAGAAACUGUGUUCACCUACAUAAAAAAUGAUUAAUUCAGGCUUUUUUUGUUCAGAUGUUGCACGGCAAAUCUCUGCAAGUAAGCAAAACUUUUUGUGUACAAAGUCAAUGUGAUACCAGCCUUUUAAUCACAGAGACAAACAACUUUUUAAGUUGCAAGGUAAAAUAAAAUGCAUACAAAACAAAUUCCUUAAAACUUGAGUGAACAGUACUGCCAUGGUGGGUGUAUCAUGAAGUAAGUUAUGAAUGACUUUAUGCGAGACUGGUAACCCUUUCUUGUGCUAAAUGCAGUUGACGUAGCCCCUAUAAAGUAAGAACAUGUUCUUCUUGUGGGUAUAGUCAUGCAUAAACUUACAACUUUAUGAAACGCCCAUGAAAGUUAAAUGUACAACUAUGGGGGGGGGGGGGGGGGUAGGAGAAUGUGUAGGGUACAUGUGUGAAAGAAAACAAUAUUUAAUAAAAUGUAUAUUUAUAUAUGUAUUGUGCAAUUUAUCAAUUACACAAUUUAAUUCGAUCAUACAGAUAUUUGAUGAGUUAGUAUUGCACCACGGAAAAGUAUUAUUUCUAAAGAGUUGCACCAAGUAUUAAUCAUACUAUAGAAUGAACCUUACAUGGUAUAAAAAUGUGUAUGGAUUGAUGUUUCUGUAUCAUCAAAAACAAAAUUGUAAACUUAAUAUUACAAAGAAAAUACAAUAAUACCUUGAUUUUGCUAUUUGUAAAGGAUCCACUUCAAGCACAAGAGGUAUGGCAUGCAAAGCACAACUUGUCUUAUAAUCGAGAAAACAUGUAAAGGCAUUGUUAACAUCGAUUUGACUUGAAAAAAAUCUGAGCAGUAAGGACACACUUGUCACUUGUGUCUGUGGUAUGUGUCAAAGUGAAGCCCAGAAAAAAAUGCACCUGAAUAUCAAUAUUAACAUGUAGUACUUCAAAAGAGCGGAAAAUAAUGUGAAUGGAAAUAUCUCAAUUUUAUAUCAUACACUACAUGUGUAUUCAAAGACUCUCCAUCAGAUGUGCUAAAUGAUGAUUUUUCAGUUACAGAGAUCUUGAAAGUCUCUGCAGGAAUUCGCUCUUUUCCUUUAUUUUGUAAAAACAUUAGCAAAUACAACACACAUUAACAGUUCAGGAUUUUUUUUAGUAAGACCUUUGUAAUGCUAACGAAUGCCUUUCAAGUAUAUCAGUAUUUUUGGAUUACACAAAGAUAACAAAAAGGACAUUAUGUAUAUUCUAAUACGUUUGUCAAUUAAGAUG